GAGGAGGGGAGGAGAUUGCAAGGCAGGGAAGUGUCAUUAGAGUCUGAACUGUUGCGUGUGACGGAGAGCUCUUUGUGCUGCGGACGCUCUCUACAUCUUUCUGGCUACCUCUCAUUAUCACUAACAUCCCCUCGCCACACACACACACACACACACACACACACACACACACACACACACACACACACACACACACACACACACAUAUUCCCUCGAUGUGAGGACAGAGAGCAACGUUGCUGGGACUUGCUGCCUCGUUGUGAGGAUUCAAAGCUUUCUGGUGGGAUUAUAUCUGAUGUAUUGGACUGACUCAGUUUCACUGGGAAAAUAGAACAUGUCUGGAAGUCUGGAGACGAAGUGAACAGAAAAAAAAGGGAACACAAGAAAGAAAAAAGUGAGGAAAAAGAAGAGAGAAAAAGGAUAAACUACUUUUUGUGAGGUCUUGUGUGUCAGCAAAGAUGGAGAACACAUGAGAGAGAGAAAGAAAAAAAGAGAAGGAUUAGAGAGGGAUCGCAGAGGAGGUGAAAAGGAAAAGACAAACCAUGCAGCCCAGUAAAGUUUGAGCUUCAUUCUAGAGACGAUUUUUAAACCCAGAAGAUCUGGUCCAGAACCAGGAGGAGUUCUGACUGAAGACUACGUUCAGAAGGAGGUGAACAAGAGGCUCUCUGUCGUAGCUCCAGGUCAGACGCCAGCGAUGGCCCCUCACAUCAGAGCCCCCCUCGUGGCCAUCAGCACCCCCCGCUGGCUCCUCCUCCUCCUCCCUGUCAACACCCUCCUCCUCCUCCUCCUCGCCCCCCUGGACCCCGCCCUGGCUCAGGACCUCCCAGUCGUGACCACCCCCGUCAGCGACGACAACAAUGGCGAGCUGCUUUCGCCGCCGUCGCCCACCAAUCAGAUGCCGGCGCCCAGCGUCUUCGCGGUGGGGAGCGACGCCCCCUCGCCGGAGACGGGCCUCUCCACGCCCGCCAGCGGUGGCGACGGGGACGACGAGGACCUCCCGCCGUCCGGCGGCACCCGUUGCCAGGGUUACUACGACGUGAUGGGCCAGUGGGACCCGCCCUUCAACUGCAACGCGGGCGUCUUCCUGUACUGCUGCGGGACGUGCUUCUACCGCUUCUGCUGCCAAUUCCGCCAGCAGCGGCUGGACCAGAGCAUCUGCUCCAACUACGACACGCCCAUCUGGGCCAACACCGGCAAACCGGUGGCCGCCGUGACCGAGGGCCAGGGCGGCCAGGACAGCGACCGCACCCACCUCAUCGUGUACAUCAUCUGCGGCGUGGUGGCCGUCAUGGUGCUGGUGGGCAUCUUCACCAAGCUGGGCCUGGAGAAAAGCCGGGGGGCCGGGGGGGGCGCAGGCGGAGCAGCAGGAGGAGCAGGAGGGAUGGGGUACGCCCACCAUGACCUAAGCAACACCAGGACCCUGACAGAGCUGCUGCAGCAGCCCGGGGGCGAGGUGCCGUCGGCGGGCAGCGCGGCGGGCGGCUCCCCCACCGGCCGGAGGGCCAACGGAGCCUCCAAGAUGCUGCGCAGCCGCAGCGAGCAGUACCAUCUGAACAACUCGGCCUAUGGUCCAUUUGGCCCAGCUCUUCCCCACCCCCACAGUAACCACAGUCUGGCACGACUUAACAAAUACACCUCACUGAAGGCCGUGGCGGACACGGCGGCGGGCCACUACUACAGGAGCUACCCGCUGAUGGACUUCUCUCAGUACCAAGCUUCAGCCGCGGCCCCCGACCCGCUACUGCGCAACACAGAGAAGUCCUUUCUCCACCCGGCUCCGCACGGCCAGCACCCCCCCCACACCCCGCUCUCCAUUUCCAUCCCCCCUGAUCAACUGGAGCACGCCCACCUGCCCAAGGCCACCUCCCACCCCGCCUCCAUCUCCAGCUCGGCUUUCAGAGCCUGGGAGCCACACAGCCGGCAGGUCCAGAGGCAGGCGUCUGCGCCCGGCCGUGCCUCCAUCCCCUGCAGUGGGGUGUACCCCUCCUCCCGCAGGCAGGCCUACUCCACCAGGAGGCAGCAGAGCAUAGAGAACCUGCCCGAUCUGUUCACCCAGCCCUACGCCGGGGCCUACCGCGGGGGCAUGGUGGGGGGCCACGCUCAGCAGCAGGAGUACCAGGGGUCUGCUCAGCCCCCUUACUACCACCCCCACCACACCCGGCACAAGAGCUGCUCCACCCAUAGCAAGACGGAGGUGACUGUGUGAGGGGAGGAGGCUGGCACCACAGGGGGGGCGUCGCCGGAGGGCUAGCCCCUACAGGGGUGAUGAAAGAGAGUUGAUGGACGGAGAACCUCAAUGUUGAGGUACUGAAGCUAAAGGUAGCUGGCUAGUAGAGGACAGAAGGCACAGAAUGAGAGAUUAAAGGUUGGGUAUGGAAUUCUCUUUUUUGGCCAUUUUUGCAAAAUCACUUGAAAUCCUUAUCCUAACCCACUUACAGCCACUGAGUUAGAAGUACUGACAUGACAAUUAAACAAGUCAAUCAUCUGUGGAACGGGCAGGGCUCGAAAAACUCCAGCCAAUGAUUUCCAGACCCACCGAGUUGCAUUGGGCAGUAAGUACGUCAAUCAAACGGUCGUACUCCACUCCCCCUCCCCCCGCGCGUGACCCCUUCGUGCACGUACUCAAAGCUCGUGACCCAGAGCAAGCUUCUGUUUGUUGUUAUCCUGCGGUAGCUACUGGAGCUAGCUAACUAGCUAAUGGCUAAUGGCUUGCUCUCGCGCAUCUGUGUUCGCUCGCGCGUCCAUGUACUUGGAAUGGGUGGAGUCAGAGUCAGUGUUGAAGGAGAGGGGGUAGGACUAUUUAAGUUGUGUGUUUUCAAAAUCUGCUGGCGUUUCGCAAAUCCCAUACCCAACCUUUAAGCAAGGAGUUCUCGCUUUAAUAAACAAGCAGAACGGGAUAGAUGGCACUGUUGAAUACUGCAGUGGGACUUAAUGAAAACACAGAGUAGCUCCGUCCUGAUUAUUUUAAAUUACCGUCCAAUUUCCCUGGUGCAAUAAGCUUUUCGGGCCGUGUAAUUGAUUUUUUACAAAAUAGUUGCCAUCAGUGCCAGCCAGGAUAGAGUAAAUUAAUAUAAUCGUACAUGAAUAUGUAUGGCAGGCCGCGAAAUUUGUUGGAGUUUUGUAUGUUAAUCUUCUCAAGGAUUUAGUCAAUACCGGUCCAGAUGUUUUAGGAGGUUAGUUCAGCAUCUGUACAACCCCAUGUGACUCCUCAGAAGCAGCUCACAAUUAUCCCAUGUUGCACACUACGCUCUAUCUUUCUCUUUCUCUUGCUCUCUCUCCCUCUCUUCUCUCCCUGGUUUGGUUCUUCCUAUCAGGCUGGCGUAGCAGGAGAGUGGACCCCCAGGGAGCCACAUUAACUCAUUGGUCAAUGACACCAUCAUGACAGGGCCCCUCAGCCUCCAACGAGAGAAAGAGAGAGAGAGAGAGAGAGAGAGAGAGAGAGAGAGAGAGAGAGAGAGAGAGAGAGAGAGAGAGAGAGAGAGAGCCCGAGCGAGAGCGGAAUAGAUAGUGACAGGGGAGAAGCGAGGAAAAUAAUUAAUUAGCUUGAUUUAUUUUUCUCAAAUUCCUAUGAAUCUUUGUAUUUGACAUAAAGAAAAGAGGCAAAAGAGGAGAGGAUAGAUACACAAAAGCAGACAUAGGUUGUGAAUAACAUAAGAGAAGACGAGGCAGAGAGAGCUUGGGGCUAUGCCCCGUAUAAAGAAGAGAAUGGGGGAAGAAGGUAUGGAGGAGGAAAGGGAUAGAGGGAUUAGAUAAUAAAUACAAAUAUAAAGACAAACAUUGGUGUUCAAUGUGCAUCUUCUUCUAUGGGAAUAAACAUGAAUGCGCGCCUGGAAGAGAGUUCCAUCCACCACCAUCAAACCAGCAUUUCGGUUGGAACCCAGAACCUUUUAACUAAGCCCACUGGUAGACCGUCAGUCUCCAGCAACAGUGGGAAAUGGUGAGUUAAAGAGUUAUUACCAGCGGAAGGGAUAAAGAAAGAUUUUUAAGCAAUACAAAGUCAGUCUAGUUUUUCCAAGCAUUCUAUGUGUUUGUUUGUGUCAUUGAAAGGGGUCUUUUUCGUAAUAUUUUCUUCCAGUAUGAAAUGCAUUUUCUUCCACCUAACAACAGUUCCCUUUUAAGCUAUUCACAAAUCAGGCACAACCAACUAAUGGUGUAUUUUUCUUGAUUUUAAAAAUAAGUAUUUUUCUUUCUUUCUCUUUUUUUGUAGAACAAUUUAGCUGAUAGAAACGGUCGCUAAAUGGGGUUAACAGAGGAAAGAAUCCAGUGUUGUUUUUUUUAAUUAAUAUGUAGAACUAUCUAUAAACCUCAACUGUUUCCAUGACUUCAUUUAUUUUCAGAAAGAGCUUAUAAAUUAAGUCAAUGUGUUUUUAGCAUCUGAAGGUUUUCAUAAUUAUAA